AUGGCCUCUCACUAUCUCUCAGUUGCAAACCUAGAGAAUUCAGGAAUCUUCAGGGGUGGAUCAGCAUUCGGAUGCUCAUUGUCAUUGUGGGAAGGAGUUGUUGAAUCCUUUUUUCUGCAUAGUGAGACUAAAGACUAUCUCAAAGUGGAAUUUUGCCCGCAUGGACAACAUCUUGUAUUAUUGCUCUCUGGAGGAAACUGUUUUGAAAAAGGACUCGACUUGAUAUUUAAAGCAGACAUAAACUGGAACAAAUGGAAUGGCACAGCACUUAUUCCUUGGAGGUAUUUCCCACCUGGUGUUGACAAGAUGAAUUUAUAUGCCAUCCAUGGGUCUGGAAUUGGAAACAUAGAGGCACUUUAUCCAAUAUCUAGAGAGGAUAUUGAACUGGGACAGGGGCCUAAUUUCCAUCAUCUGGAGUAUUUCAAAAGGUUCAGUCUAAAGUGGAUUAUGGGAGAGAACUGGGAGCAACCUGCAUCAGACCUAUGGAAAUAGCUUAAUCAGUGUCUACAAUCAAGUAGUUUUUUAAAUCAUAAACACAGUUAUUAAAAAACAAAACAAAACACUCCCUACCCCCAAACUAUUUAAAAGUAUAUUUUCAAAUUGCUGGAAUUAAGUUGUAUUGUGUCACAGUUUCAAAUUGAUGUGGCAAUUAAAAUAAAUAAUUUAAGAGGCUAUUU